CCGAAUUAGAUUGGUCAACGGGAUACGAUAGGAUAAAAGACGAUUCAUUAUUAUUCAAUGAUCGUUUGUCGAGUUCGUGGUACGAGUGAACACAUAGCCGCAACCAGCAGUCACGUGCAUCUAUCCAGCGUUGCAAUUCUUGCAAUUACGUGCUGUUGUUUGGUGAUGUUCACCAAAGCCGAAGACGACAGCUCGUUGUCGGAACAGAGUCAAUCAACGCUGUUAAAUUACGAUGCUGGUGAAAUAAGGGGAAGCGAUGAAGGGGAUGCAACAGCCCCUUUAAACAGGCAAAAAAGAACGCUUUUCUUGAAAAAGAAAUUGAUCGGUGCUGGUCUCCUAGGAUUCGGUUUGGGCAUCGCGAAAGGGUACAAAGCAGGAUAUUAUUCGGCACCGGAAGUACGCCACGUGUAUCUAUCGCCACCCCCGGCGUCCACGAAAUACGUUGAAUACGUUGAGAAGCCUGUUUACAUUGAAAGAAUAAUCGAAAGGCCUGCUCCAGUUUAUAAACCUGUACACGUUGAAUACAGAGAGUCUUCUCCUUACGGGAGCUGGUAACAUGAAAAGCGCAUGUUGAUUAUGAUGGAUAUUUGGGACGAUUGCUGUGGAAUUAAAGAUAAGAGAGCGUAUAAUAUAUUGUAAAUACAAAGAGCGAAUAAUAUACGUAUGUUUGUAUUUCUGUUGAAA